ACAUAGGUGCUGCAAAUAAAAGGUUUAUUGAAAAAAAUGCGGGUAUUAUAUGGAGCUUCCGAUGAAAAGUUCGUGCAAUUGAAGGAGAAUCUAUUCGACGGAAUACCUAUACAUUCUAAAGUAGACAAAUAUGAAUAUGGUGAUGUUUCAUUUCUCAGAAUGGAAGGCGAAACUUUCAACAAAAACUCAUUACCCAUCGUUUUUCGAGUUUCGCCCGAUACUUUGCUCAAUCUAACAUCGAAUUUGGUAGAUAAAUUGCCAUUACCGUCGGUGUAUGAGUGGACAGUUGAGGAUGUCUGUAGGUGGAUAAGGAAAUAUGGCUAUCGACAUUACCAGAACACCUUUCGUGUCAACCUUAUUUCGGGACGCAAACUAUUGCUGAUUGAUGCGAAGGCUCUCGCAUCGAUGAAUAUAAAAAACUUCAACGAUAUCAAGCAUAUAGCUUACGGCAUUCGACAACUGUUCCACUAUGAGAUGACGAAAUUUAUGCGCAGUAUCGCAUUACCGUCACAAUACUACUACGAGUUGUACAAACUCUUUCGCAAAAAGACCGGCCGCACUUACGAUAUAACCAAACGCACCGAAUUAUGGCGUCGCAUGCAAUUGAUACGUGAGAGUAAACCAUAUCUCUCACAUUGGGAAACACUGGAACAUUGGCUAGCGCAUACUCAUGAACCCGAAGGUGCCGAGAUCAUUGGCGGUACACCACACUACCGACUCUAUGAAUGCAAGACGGCCAAACGGACAACAAAACAUUUCCCACCAAGGAAAGGAGCAAUCAUAUGCACUUGUAUGCCGCCAUGCUUUUGCCAUCACAAGGAUACACAUUUCCAACCACCCACAGUAUUCACAUUACUUAAGUCCACACGUGCUCCCGAUGUUAAUUAUGUUUGUCAUAAGAAAUCUUGUGGAGACCAUAUGCCACCAUGCACUUGUCACUGGAAAUCUGCGAAUUUCAAAUUUGAACAAAUAUUAUCUUGUUUGCGUCGAGAAUUACCCCUUCGAUAUGGCCCGGACCAUAGACGUCAAACUCAAAUGCACUCGUUCAUGAAUGGAAGUGUGCUGAGCCGAACGACCCUAAUAUAAAGAAUAUCUUAAUAGGAGAGUCGGUGAAGGAAUGCUGUCCACAUGUGUACAUACUAUAUAAACUAUUAUAGAUUUUGCAAUGCAAAUGAAUGUCGAAU